ACUGGGUUUGUGGCUGUGUAUCACUACUCAAGCUAUCAUUUUUUGUUUCCUCUGCUUCCUUUAGAGGCUGAAGCUAGUAUAGUUUAGUCAAUAGUCAUGUUAGCUGUCUUCUUGGCUGUCACCCACUGCUGUUUCUUCUCUGCCUACACCUUAGGUGAUCAGCCUGAGGACUUUGCAUCAAUGUUGCGCAUGAUUGCAACAUCCCUGUGCCUCCGGUGCCAGCCUGUCAUAGCUCUACCUUUAAACUGCAGACCAUGUGUGACACUGAGCCCAGCAGAGAACCAGCAGACCGUGGAGGCUCUCUAUGAUCUCUCUGUGGACAUCCAGAAGGUCCGAAAACUUAAAGGCUGGGUCUUGCAUCAGAGCCCAGCCUACACUAAAGAGGUAGCAGGUCUGCUGAAGGACAUGGGGGCUUCGGGGUCCAUCAUCGCCCGGAUCUUAGCAGUUCACCCUGAGGCAGUACUCUGUAACCCGGAGCAGAUGCAGACUCAGAGGGAGCUGUGGGUAUCUGUGUGCCCUAACCAGAAAGAGCUGGUUGGUAUUAUUGAGAAAUUCCCGGCCUCCUUCUUCACCUCCUCCAGCCACCACCAUAACCAGCGCGACAACAUUGCUUUCUUCCAGAGCUUAAACCUCAACAAGCGUAUCAUCACCAAGCUCAUGGCCAGUGCUCCACAGAGCUUCAGCCGGCCAGUGGAGCAGAACAAGGUUAUGGUCUGCACCCUCCAGCAGGCCUACCAGGAGCUCGGUGGAGAGGAGGCCAACAUGAAGAUUUGGCUUCAGAAGCUUCUGAGCCAGAACCCCUUUGUUCUCCUCAAGCCCCCUGAGGUGCUGAGACAGAACAUGCUGUUCCUGAGAGACAAGGGCUUCAGCACAGCGGAGCUCCUCAAACUCCUCUCCAAGCUCAGGGGAUUUGUCACUGAGCUCAACCCGGACAGCAUGCGUCGCACUCUGGCAUACUCUCACAACACCAUGGGCUGCUCCGAGGCAGAGCUGCGGGACAUCAUCCUCAACUGCCCAGCUCUACUUUAUUACCCUGAAGUUAUUCUGGCUGAGCGCUUUCAGGGCCUCCUCAGUGCCGGGAUCAGCAUGUCUCAAAUCAUAGAGACUCCGACUGUUAUAGAGCUGACCACGCAGAUAAUCAAUUAUCGCUUGCAGAGACUUAAAGCACAUGGUUAUGAUGUAAGGACAGGUAGUCUGGACGUCCUUAAUGGCACUAAGAAGGACUUUGAGAUGAGCUAUGGAAAACUGCAACUACGUAGAGAGAGACCUAUUUUUAACCCUGUCGCCCCUUUAAAAGUGGAUGACUGA